AUGGGGUUAGGAAUUAUUUGUUUGUCAAUUCCUACACCUUCAUCAGCCCAAGAUAUAGUUAACGAGAAAUAUUUGCCGCCGUGUUGGGUAAACAUUACAAACUGUAUGCAAGAUCAUAUAGACCGGAGUGGAUCAGAGCCACAAUUCAAUUCAUCGAGCUCAAUGUUUAAUUUGAGCGAAUUCCUGUGCUGCCCUCUCAUACAACAGACUGCUCAGACAGAGAAGCAGUGUUUCUGUUUUGUCAACACCUUCAUUAAUCAAAAUCCUUCCUUUGAAUCCAAUGUAACAUUGGUCUUGAGUUAUUGCCAGGUUGCGAAUUCCCUUACUUCUCUUAAAACCUACUGUCAAGAUGCUCUUGUUUCUGGAUCAACAUCGUCUCCAACUCCUACUUCAGGAAAACUCAAGAUUAUUAUUCCUGUUGCUGCAUCAUCAGCAGCCAUCAUACUCUUGGUAAUAGGCAUUGUUAUAGCUCUUAAGUGUCGGAAAGGCAAGAAGAAGGCUGAAGGGUAUGUGCCACCUGCACCUGCAGACGAUCAAAUUGUUACAGUUGAAUCCUUGCAAUAUGAAUGGGAAGCCCUCAAGGCUGCCACUAAAAACUUCUCCGAUGAUCACAAGAUUGGUCAAGGGGGAUUUGGCAUCGUCUACAAGGGCACUUUACAAAAUGGACAAGAAGUUGCGGUGAAAAGGCUAUCAAGCGGCUCUUGCCAAGGUGAAAAAGAAUUUAAAAAUGAGGUGGCAUUGGUAGCCAAGCUUCAGCACAGAAAUUUAGUAAAGCUAGAAGGAUUUUGCUUGGCAAGAGAAGAAGAAAAGUUACUCGUGUACGAGUUCGUGGCUAACAAAAGUCUUGACUACUUCCUCUUUGAUGCUGAAAAACAAAGACAAUUGGAUUGGCCAAAGCGUUAUGACAUAAUAAAAGGCAUUGCUAGAGGAAUGCUCUACCUCCAUGUAGACUCUCCCAUCCGACUCAUCCACCGUGAUCUUAAGGCAGCCAAUGUUUUGUUAGAUGAGGAGAUGCAUCCUAAAAUUGCAGACUUUGGCAUGGCUAGGAUCUUUGACGAAAAAACCUACUGCCAUACAAGCAGAAUUAUUGGGACUUAUGGUUAUAUGGCUCCGGAAUAUAUAAUCCAUGGACAAUUCAACGUAAAAUCAGAUGUCUACAGCUUUGGCGUGCUAGUUUUAGAGAUUGUGAGUGGAAUAAGGAUAAGUGCCAUGACCUAUCAAUCUGGCAUGACUGAAAACCUUCUAAGCUAUGGAUGGAAAUGUUGGAAAGAUGGGAGAUCAUUGGAAUUUAUAAAUCCAACUCUAAGAGACUCUUACUCGAAAACGGAAAUUACGAGGUGUAUUCACCUAGGAUUGUUAUGCGUCCAAGAAGAGAUGAGGAAAAGACCUAGCAUGUCGACGAUAGCUCUUAUGCUCAACUCUAAUUUUGCAGUUGGAGCUUUGCCAAUACCCCAACCUCCUGCUUUCAUGUAUAGUGGAAAUGCGGAUCAAUCAACAAUGAGUAACACGGCUUCAAUUCCAUGGUCUAGUGGAACAUCAACCAAUGAGUCGAAUACAAUGUUGUGACAAGAUUAACGACAUGGAGCCCCAGGACGUUAGAGACUUAUGAUGUUCCAUAACCAUACUCUUCAGUCUAUACCACUUCAUAGCUCCUUCUAGUUUUCCUUUAUGAUAAUGCUUGUUUUUUGCUUCUUAUGUUUGAGAAUGUUAGAGGACCAACUCAACCAAAAGCUUAAGCUGAUUGUUGAGACCCGGUAAUAUGUUUUAUACUCUAUCAGAGAACCAUACUCAUCUAGU